AUGAUAUUCACAGAAAGUAAACGAUCAACUGAACCUUAUUCUUUUAUUUUCUUAAAGAAAUUAUGCUCUCUUUCAUUUAUUCUCAUACUUCUUUACUAUACUUAUAAUCAAUUUUCACAAUAUUAUGUAUCGAUUUCUAAUCCCAAUAUUAAUUUCUAUAAACUAAAUGUUGAUGAAUUUAUAAAUACUAACAUUAGUAUUAUUAUAAGCGUUCGGGGUGAAAUUGCAAAUUGUAAUUACAUAAACAAUAACAACGAUAAAGGUGAAUGUAGGAAAUAUAAAGUUCCUAAUGAUAACAAUCUUCACUAUUCUUUCAACCAUAGUUCUUCAGGAGUGUUAAGUACAACUAUAAAAAUAACUCCUAAGAAUACCAUCCCUGAAAUUUAUUUAGGUGGAUUUGAAUUAGAUAAAUAUUAUCCAUCAGAGAGUGCUUCUAAUUAUCCUAAUUAUCUUAUAAAUAUUAUGAAGGAACAAACUAUGAUCGUAUAUUAUUCACCAAUUAUUAAAACAGACUUUAAUAAUGAUCAAUAUGUCAACUUUAAUGUACGUACUGCUACUAAAACACCUUCGGCAACUACUACAAAUACAAUAAGUCUUACAUUAAUCCAAAUGUCAACGGAUAUUUAUUACCAAGAAGAAACUUAUAAUGAUCUUGGUUCAGUUAUGUCGGAUAUUGGUGGUUUCUUCAGUUCUUUAUCUGGAAUCUUCAUAUUUUUAUUUGGAGCAUCUAAAUUAGCACCAUGGGGAUUUUUGCAAACGUAUGUGUUUAAUUGCUUAUGUAUAAAAUAUCAAAAAAAACUUGUAAAGAAACUUAAAAGCAAAUACAAACCAAUUCCAUUCGUUAGUGGAAGAGCUAAAAAUGUUACUUUAGAAGAACGUAUUCAAAGUAUCGAAAAUUUGCUUGAGGAAUAUUAUCUUGAUACGAAAUUUUUAAAUAUAUUAUUAGAAGAAGAUAAAGAUAAUGAUGAUAAAGUCCAGAUUAUUACUGCGGCAUAA